AUGGCAAGCUGUGGUGCGACCGUCGCAACAUCACCUGCACAUUGCUGUCAUGGAAUUGUGUUGUGGAAGAAGAAGCACUCACUGGAAUUUUUGCGGAAGACUGAAGGGUUGGAGCAGAGCAGCACUAGACUGACGACGGCGCAGCGGCUGACAGGCCUCGGCAGGCGUCGCCGCGGUUGCACUCUAUUGAUUUUCGCCAUAGAAAUACUGCAUAUUCCCGACUCUUUCGAGGAAGUUUUCAGAACAAUCAACGGAUACAUGAGGUGGAAUGUAAAGGAGUGCCACAUAAAAUAUAAGGUGAUAUACUGAACUUGCAAAGCAAAAACUCAAGUUCAGGACAGUCAGUCAUCUUCAACUUCAGUAGCAUUCACAAUUUCAGGCCUAAGGUUAGCACGUUCACGUCGACAAUGCAUGGAGUAAAACACGAGCUGAUCACUGUUUUUUUAGUGCAAAUGUAUAUUUUCUGUAAUAUAAUUUCGAGAAAAUGUGUGAGUAUUAUUUUGAGUUUUGAAUACUUUUUUCAAUAUGUACCACCGGUGGCCACUGAGGGAAAUUAAAACUUCAGAACACAAGCGGUGUCAAAGAGGCUAGAAAUAAAGCCAAAGUGUCUCUACAUUUUGUAAAGAUUGUCCAGAGCAACCAAAACUAUGUCUUCAAUGUUUUAAUGAAAUUGAUAAGUUAAUGUUAUGUUACCUACCUAAAUAUAUGUGCUUACUUCUAUUGUUAGAAAAAAUAUUUUUGCGUUAUUUUUCACUAAUUAUUUUAACCCCUUCCUUAGUUUAGUUAC